ACACGUAAACACUUUUUCCUUUGUUCAAACAUCCUUUUGGAAAAACUGCAGCUACCCUUUAGAGAGAGAGAGAGAGAGAGAGAGAGAGAGAGAGAGAGAGAGAUGUCUCUUCCAAGACCCUCUGAGGGUGAAGCCUCUUCUCAGCUGAAAGAAGGAGGAGCAACAGCCUCCUCCUCUUCUUCAUGGAAUAAGCUAAACACUUUCCCUCGUUCAACGAUACACAACAAGAGAAGCAAAAAUGAAGACAGUGAUGAAGAUAUGUUCACAGUUCCAGAUGUGGAAGCCACACCAAUUAGUGUUCAUUCUGCAGUAACUCUUACAAAUAGUAACCUUAAUCAAAAUAAUGUGACAGACCCUCAAUUUCAAACUGGCUUUCCUGGAAAGCGCCGCAGGGGAAGAAACCCUGCAGACAAGGAGCAUAGACGCCUCAAGAGGUUAUUGAGGAACAGGGUCUCUGCUCAACAAGCCCGCGAAAGAAAGAAGGUUUAUGUGAAUGACUUGGAAUCAAGAGCUAAAGAGUUGCAAGAAAAAAACGCUAUCUUAGAAGAACGCAUCUCAACUUUGAUCAAUGAGAACACUAUGCUGCGGAAGGUUCUUAUGAACGCGAGGCCAAAAGCUGAUGAUAGCAUUGAACUAAAGCAAGACUAGUUAAGUAAAAGUUAACAUGCGAAGGCAGAAGAGGCGUCAAAGUAAGGCCUUCAAGAGAUGCCUUUAUGAUUUCUUCUAGACACUAGAAAUGUAAAUUUGUAUUUCUUUCUCAAGACAUAGGUUUGUGCUAAAAAGAAUGUUACAUCUAAGAUCAAUAUUAAUAUUUAUAUUAAUUUGUGGAUUAGUAUUAUUAAAUUAUUAUAGUUAUAUUGUUAUUAAUUAUGACAUAAAUAAAUGUGUAUAAUUAUUAUUAAUUAUAUAAAUUUUGUGAUUGCCCUUUUAGU